AUGAAGUUCUCCACCGUUGUCUUUGGCCUUGCCACCAUGCUCGGCGCCGUCGCUGCCGACCCCGUUGAUGCCAACGGCGAUGGUCUCCUGAUGGCGACAUCCCCGGCUGCGCCCACCUACAUGAGCAACCUUCCUGCCCUGAUGGCUUGCACCGAGGCCAACCUCUUCCUCUGCUUCUGCAAGAGCUCUUACCUGCCCGUCCUCUACAAGAACUGCAUCUGCAACAGCUGCCCCGGUACCACUGCCCAGAAGAAGGCUUCUCUCCAGUUCGGUCUCGACACCUGCACCAUCAACGGUUCCCCCAUCAACUGGCUCGGCAACACCUGCUAA